CAUGGCACUGAUCCAAAUCGUCCAGAUACAUAUGGGAAUACCGCUCUACACUAUGCAGUCUACAAUGAAGAUAAAUUAAUGGCCAAAACACUGCUUUUAUACAGUGCUGACAUUGAAUCAAAAAACAAGGGUGGCCUCACACCACUUUUGCUUGCUGUACAUGGACAAAAACAGCGAAUGGUGAAAUUUUUAAUCAAGAAAAAAGCUAAUUUAAAUGUGCUUGAUAGGUUUGGAAGAACUGCCCUCAUACUUGCUGUACGUUGUGGAUCAGCAAGUAUACUUAGCCUUCUACUUCAGCAAAAUAUUGAUGUAUUUUCUCAAGAUGUAUUUGGACAAACUGCUGAAGAUUAUGCGGUUUCUAGUCAUCAUAAUAUAAUUUGCCAAUUACUUUCAGACUACAAAGAAAACCAUAUGCCAAAAAACUCUUCUGGAAAUAGCAAUCCAGAACAAGACUUAAAGCUGACAUCAGAGGAAGAGCCACAAAGGCUUAAAGGAAGUGAAAAUAGCCAGCAUGAGGCAAAUUUUAUUUUUUUUAUUUUUAUGUUUUUAUUAUUAUACUAUUCUGCUAGCCUAUCAAAAAUCCAGGAUGCAGUUAUUUCAGAUGAACACUUACUAGAACUCAAAAAUAGCCACUACGAGCAACUUACAGUAGAAAUUGAACAAAUGGAAAAUACGGUUCAUGUACUACAAAAGGAGCUACCUGAGGCAAAAGAAACACAAUUACAGUUAGCGCAUCAGAAAGGUGAAUGGGAGCAAGAACGCUACAGUUUGAGUGAAGAACAAAAUGAUAUCCAGAAGCAACUUUCUGAAGAACAGAAUGCUAGAAUGUUACAAGAUGAUAUUCUGACUAAUAAACAAAAGCAGAUAGAAGUGGCCGAAAAGAAAAUGAAUUCUGAGAUUUCUCUUAGCCAUAAGGAAGAAAAAGAACUCUUGCAUGAAAAUAGCAUGUUGCAGGAAGAAAUUGCCAUGCUAAGACUAGAACUAGACACAGUAAAACAUCAGAACUGGCUAAGGGAAAAGAAAUAUCUGGAGGACAUUAAAAGUGUGAAAGAAAAGAAGGAUAAUCUUCUAAAGGCUAUACAAUUGCACGAGGAAGCAUUAACAAAAGCAGUAGUUCAGUACAGUGGGCAGCUUAGCAUUUUGACAACUGAGAAUAAAAUGCUCAGUUCUGAACUGCAGAAUGUAAGACACAACAAUGAAACACUGGAAAUGGAAAUUCGAUUAUGUCAUUUUAGACUGGCUACUGCUCUACAUGAUUGUGAUCAAAGUCAGAUAGCAGAAAGAGAUUUCUUUCCAGAGAACAAGACAUGA